CAUAAUAAUUUACUUUGAUGAAUCUAGCAGGCCAGAUGAAGCCAUCCCUUCCCUUGAAAGAUAUAUGGAGUGAUGACCAGGUAUCUUGUUAUAAUAGCGAUGAUUGCUUCCCUCAGAUGCCUAAGGUGACUCAUCAGUUUAAAAACACUUUGAAAGAUAACAAAGGGAAAUUGAAAAAUGAAGAUUUUAUAAAGGACUUAGAAAUUCCUUGCAAGGGACAACUGUUCAAAGAUGAUACUAUUGUGAUUGGAAAGUCAACAGGUUUUAAAACCUGAUCUAAGCCUAACCCUCAUGCAAAGAAAUUUAAGCCAUUAACUUUCAGCUCUCUUGCUCCUAGGAGAAACUCAAAGGAACUGAAGAAGAUACCCUCGAGUGAGAUCCUACAGUUACUGCUCUCAUGAAAAGAGAUCUAGUUUGGCUUUAAGAUACCUCAUAUUUAACAUUUCUAAUUUCUGCUA